AUGAGCAGUUCUUCCUCCUCUAGUGCGUCAUCACCUGCUUCUUCAAGCAGGCCAUCUCCCACAUUUGGCACAAGUAUGGUCAGAUCAGGGUCCAACCGUUCCAUCCUUCGAGAAACUAACAGAUUAACUCGAUCACGACAAAACACGGUCGGACUUGACUUUAUCGAAGAUCUCAACAAGAAUAUUGGAUCAGACUACCAAGAAAUACAGAUCCGUACCUUGACAAAAUGGAUAAACGCACAACUAAAGCAAGUAGACGACUCUAUCACAAAUAUUAAAACCGAUUUAAGGGACGGGAAGAAAUUACUCAAAUUAUUGUCCGUCAUUUCAAACGAACCAGCUCCAAAGCCCGAGCGUAUGAAUAUGCGAAUUCAUCAAUUGGCUAAUGUGGCACAAGCACUCAGCUUUCUCGAGAAACAUGUAGGAUCAGAUGUCAUGCCUGAUAUUGGCAAUGAAGCCAUUGUAAACGGAGACGCAAAGAAGACAUUAGCACUUAUAUUCUUUAUCAUGUUGAAGUAUCAAAUUCAACUUAUCUUGACAGAGCAUGGUGAUGAUUUUUUGCACUCAUUAUCGGAACUUUCCGAGAGAGAAAAUGGUACAAAAUCCCAAACAUCUGAUUUUCAGGUCGAAGCAAGCAAGCCAGCUCCUUUGACCGCAUCUCGGAAAUUUAAUAGUCAUCACUCGAUUACUGACAAACUUCAGCAACACAAUACGUCUACUUCUGCAGAAGCCAAAGUUGCUCUUCUUUACUGGGUGCGGAUUCAACUUGAAGAUUAUAUAUCAGCAAAUAUUAUACCCUCAAUACAGGAUUUCUCUCGUUCCUGGAGAACCGGUGUUGCUUUUUGUCUGCUUAUUCACCGUCAUAACCCUUCUUAUAUACCCGACUUGUUCAGUGUUCAUUUGAAUGCGGAUCUGUCCGAGAAAACAACUUGGCUUCAUCUCUUGAGACUCGCUUUUGAUUUAGCGACGACUCAAAUGGGCGUACAAGCCUAUUUAGAACCAGAAGAUCUUGUUGAAGUAGAUUAUCCUCACGAACCUAGUGUCAUGAUGUACGUAAGCGAAUAUUACAAAAUCAUGUCCAAAUGUCAAAAUGAAGAACCCGAGAAUGUCAAGCGAGAAAGAGCUGUCAAGCGUAAGGCUGCCAUUGUGAUGGCAUCAGGAGGUGUCUUGACAAAUGAUUUUGAUAUUGAUGAUGAUGACGACGAAGACGACGACGAGGAUGAUUUUGGUAUGAAUAGAGAUAUUUCAGCAUCACCUACUCCUCAAGAGCAACCCAUCGAAGCUGCUCCUGAAGCACCCGUGCCUAUACCCAUUCCUUCAGCACGCCGCAAAAAGAAAAUGCAACAGCGACGAUCUACACUUGGAGAGGCAGACAAAGUCCGUAUUAAAGCAGAUUUAAAUACAAAGCUUUUGAUGCAACUUACUGGCCAUUUGCCUCGAGGUGUCCAUCCUAUCCUUGAUGAAUUGCUCACAAUUCACGAUACUGUAUUAUCGUUUAUAAAAUCGAAUACUCGUACGAUUGAUGAGAUCCCUGAGGAAUUUACCAGUUCUUCAUCAGUCACUGAAUACAUUGAUGCUCUCGAAAUUAUUGAAGAGCAGGCUGAUGACGAAGUCAGUCAUCUGGACACAGCAAAAGUUGCCAAAGAUACUUUGUCAGCAUCUCCAGAAACAGCAGACGACACCUUAAUUCAUUUGACUGAUCUGCAGCGCACACAAGUAGUCAAGUUAUAUGAAAUGCUUCAAAAGGAAUGGAGUCAAUUUUUGGAUUUGCUCAAGACGACCAAAGAAGAUUUGAUGAGUGUAGAAAGUGCUUUAAUUGAUACAGAAGAAGGCGUUGAAGAGUACCAGGCUCGUAUAACAGCAAUGCUAAAAGAACUCGAUCACUUUUUAGAGUUACUUGAGCAUGUUGCACCUUCUAGUCAUGAUGAGGAGCAAACUGCACCAUUACAUCCCCUUAAAGGCUCACAAAGCGAUGUAGAAGCCUAUCAACAACGUCUGGAUGCAUUCACAGCUGAUUUCAGUGAAUUUGAAAACACAAGUUGGAAAGAGUUCAGAAAGGCAACACGUCAGCUUUCUCGAUCUGUAAUGCAAGUAGUCUCUGUCCAAUCCAACCAAGUGAUAGUAAAAUACGAUAAUGUAGUUGCUGGUCUUAAGAAAAAGCGUCAAUCAUGCAAAGAUUUUGAACGAGGUCUGAAAAUUCUUCAUAUUGUAAAGAAUGCCGAGGUUGAGCUUGAUGCGAUUCAGUCCAUGAUGGAAGACGAUGGUCAAGAAAAGGCAACCACAGAUGAUGCUAUUCAGUUGCUAGAAAGCAAAGUAGCAGCUGUUCGCUCGAUCAUUUUCAGCAUAAAAGAAGAAUUUGGUGAUAUUUUGACGAGCGAUACACGUUUUGCUGAACUCUUUUCAGGCAUUCAAGCUCGGUAUGAAACUGUGAAUCAAUGGGUUGAUCAAGUGCGUGUUUGGUUUAUUGAAGCUGAGCGUAUCAGUGAUUGGAUUGAAGGGCGCAUCAACAUCAUUCAGGAACAAAACGAAGCCAAUACAAUUGAUCCUCUUGGCGUUGAUAUUUCUGAAUGGCAAAACGAUGCUAUCACAGGCCCAAUUUAUAAAAAGCAUGAUCAAUUGAAGCGAGAGAUUGAACGUUUUGACAAGGAUGAUAUGACUCGGCUUCGUUCUCAUGUACGACUCUUGACAGGCUCUGCUGAAUACAACUUAAGUCCUGCUGAUGCUUCUACUAUUGAAAUUACAUUGACGACACUUACUAUUUUGAACCGAUUGAUGAGUUUGUUGCGUGCUAGAUCAAAAGUCAUUGAUCUUUUGCGUGUGCGUGUUCAAUGGGAAAGUUUAAUGGCUGCUGCCACUCAAUGGAUUAAACAUAAAAGCGAUGAAAUCAUUAAUUUCAUGAACGGCAAAGCACGUUGGAAAGAACUUGUCGAUGAAGAAGCCACUGCACAUCAUUUAAAGCAGCUAAAUGAAGAGAUUAUUCAGACGUUGGUAGUGUUGGAGAACAGUAUUGCUGAAUUCGACAAAGGCGACUUCUCGGCUGUUUUGGAUACCUAUCAAGAAAUGGAAGAUCUUGAAGGAAAAUCCCUUCCUAACCACAUGGAACAACGCCAAGAAGCUUUUGAGAGUUUAUUUGAAUGGGUCAUGAAACAGUGUGCCUUUACUCGUAAGAUGGUGGAGCAGCAUUUAGUCAUCAAUGAUAUUGCCUCACAGUUUCGCAAACUUAAGGCUGAAGGUGAAAAGCUUAAGCUUGCCAUGGCUCACAGUACUGCAUCUUCCAAUAGUAGUGGUGAUAGUAGUUCUUUUAGUGAACGUGUACAAGCCUUUAAAGACAACUCCUCUUAUUGGGUAACCACAUUGCUUAAGCGCAUUCCUUAUCCGGAAAUACCAGACGAGUCUCUUGAAGAUAGAAGAGAAGAGAAUGAGACCGCAAAUGAUAUGAUCCGUAGUCGCAUGAACGAGUAUUCUACCUGUCUUGCUGAAAUUACAGAGGAAUUAGAAGAGUUGCUGGCUUCUCAUCGCGAAAAUUUAUCUCUGCAGCAGCGUGCAAGCCUUGCUUUUGAUGAUCUUUUGCGCAUCACCACUUGGUUGGAAGAACGGCUUCGAGCAAUCCAAAAGUUUGAUGCUGCUACUUUAUUGGAUGAAAACAAUCUCAUUGACUUGGAAGAAGAUACGUUUCAUCGUCUUGAAAAAGAGCAUGAUGGUAUUUUAGUUCGUUUGGAGCAUAUGGAGUCAGGUGACAUAAAAAAGGCAGUAGAUGCUGUGCGUCUUAUUGAACUUGAGAUUGAAACGACAGAAUCUGUAUCUAUUGAUCAAAGCGCUCUUAUCAACGGUAUUGAGAGCCUCGAACAAGCUUUGGCCGAUCUUAAAGAAACCUUGGCCUCGCGUGUGCUAGAAAUAAAGGCAUUAAGAAAACGUAUUGCCUGGGAAGGUCAAUGGGAGGAAGCUGAUUUGGCUGUCAAGGACCUCGCUCAUCGUUUAUGGGAUUUUGACAACCGAUUUGCUCAAUAUGAUGUGGAUGGUCUCAAGAAGAGGAAUAGUGACUUGGAAAUGGGUUCUCAAGUAGUUGAAGUCAACCGAGAAGAGCUUUUUAGUCAACUCUCUGAGCAUGUGAAUAGUCUGAAGACUAAGCAUGCUAUUUUGGUAUCUGAUGAUGCUUACAACGAGUUAUGUGAUGCCUAUGAUCAAUACAAUAACUGUCAAGAAGGAAAUGGAGUGCCUAUUCAUAUCUCUUUCAAGCAAAAGGAUAUCAAGCAAAGAACAGAGGAUGUGUAUUUGCUCUGUCAAUAUGUACAUGAUGUGAUGGAUCAAAGUAACUUCUUGAUGAACUUUAUGCGAUCAUCUCAUAUUGUGCAAAAAGAAGGAGAACUUGCUCAAGGAGCCAUUCAAAACUCUUUGCGAGAAGCAUCGUCAUCUACAAGAACUACUAAUGGCAAUUCUCAAUUAAAUUCUGCCCCUGACGAUACUUUGUUAGACAAUCAAAAGAUGGAGCAACGUAUCAAGGAAGCAUUGACUAAAAUCAAUGAGCUUUGUGAAAGUGGAAGAUCUAUGAAGCAAUUGACAGGCGGUAACUGGUUUGAAGUCAACCAACCCCAGACAUUGAUUAGCGCAGAAGACUACAAGAACAAAGUUGAGUCUUUAAUGUACAAAAAGCUAGAUGAUUUGACUAGACUUGGUGAGUCCAUGGAAAAGCUUUUGACUUCAUACCACAACACUGAUGAAAUCAAAGCUAAACUCGUUAAAUAUCAACUAGAAUCCAAUGAGAUUCAAGAUUGUAUUGAUAAGGCAGUCCAAAUCUUAAACCAACAUCAAAUUGAUGUUGCAGUUGCUUCAAGCUUUACUGUCACAACUGCAAAAUUGUCCGAGUGUCGUGCUAGCAAUGCUAAAAUAGUUUCUGGAAUUCAGCAAUUGGAAUCUACACGUAUCGCUGAUUUCGAACAAAAUCUGAAGCAACUAAUGCAGGAAGUCUCUAGUAAAGCUGUUUCUAUGAUUGAAGAAGUCAAUGAAAGCUGCAAAAUCUAUUCAGAAAAUGUUUCUCGUGCAUUACAUGUCUUUCACCAGACAAGCGCUAUUCAAUAUUUGGUCUUGGAUACUGCUGAAAACCGCUUACAAUGGGAAAAUGAUCUAGAAGAGAACCAAACUCGUUUGGAUUUUGUCAACCAUCAACUUCAGCAAUAUGUUUCCAAAAAGAACAAAUGUGUCGCUCAACAAGACAUGCUUUCUGAACAACAUAUUCAGGAAUUGAUCCAAGAACGCUCUGAUAUUGCUGAUCAAUGUCAACGUUUCUGGCAAGACAACAUGAGCUCUCUUUUAGCACAGUAUGAGCAACUCAAGUCUCUCUUUGUAAAGCUGCCACUUACAAAGACUAUUCCAGUGCAUAUGCAAGAGCGUAUGGAAGUGCUCACUCGUGCCUUGAAGAAGUUGGAGGAUGCUCUUAUUUGGCGAGAACAAGAAUUAGAGUAUAUACAACAACGCGGCAAGCUUGAGUUGAACAUCAAGGAAGCCAUGGCUGAACUUGAUCAAUACAAAAAGUCAAUCUCUGCUUUUGUUGAAACUAGAUGUCGAUGGAACUCAAAUGAAUGUAUCUCGGCUAAACAAUACCAACAACAUAUCUCAGUUAUCGAAGCAGAAUGGCAUCAAGAAAAAACUAAGUUUCAAAAGUAUCGUGAAUCCACCUUGUCUAGUAUUAAACAGACCCAUCAAAAGCUUCAAAAUAUUUCCAACUCUCUAAAGCCUGGGUUUAUGUCAGAGUUACACACAAAGAAGAUUGAUGCAUUGGCUCAAGUGGAGCAUUAUAUUGAUGCUGAUACUCUCUUUGCUCGCGACUUGGUAGCUCAAAAGAAACAGAUCUAUCUGUUCUUGAAUAAGGCAUCUAAUUUGGAAAAACAAGCAGAAGCUAUCAGAGAAAUCUUUUUAUCAUCUACUGUACUUCAACAAACUUCCUCUGCUGCUGACCUUACCAUGAAGAUAAAGCAAUUUAGUUCUCAAGUAGAUCAAAUCAAAAUCUUUACUUCCAAGGAUAUCAUUACUCCCAAGCGAUCAAACGAAGAUGAUAUUGCUAUGCCCACUAAAGUCAAGGAUAAGACUAUGAACUCUGUUAUUCAAGAUGUGAUUUCUACUCGACUUGGAAGAUUAGAUGAGUUGGUUGAAAGCCUGACAGCUUUGUUAAAGUCUCAAGAGAUCCUUACUCGCUUACAGUACAGUUUUAAGACAUUCAACAGACAAGUCUUAGCUUGCGAAACUUGGAUUUCUUCAAGACGAGAUAUCUUGGAAAAGAGUGUAUAUAUUCUAGAUGACAGUAACUUGUCCUUAGAUAUCAAUCAUCUAAGAGAUGCCGUUAGUGAAGCAGAUAGUAUCCAGACUGCUAUGGAAGCUACCGACAAUCAUUUUACUUUACUUUGCAAGUACAGAGAUGAAUACAUUCAAAUAUUUGAUGAGCAAACUCUUCUUGGUGAAGAAGAAAAAGAAGACAAAAUGAUUGAAUAUGAUCAAGUUGCUGAUAGUUUUGAAGACAUCGGUCGUCAAUGGGACGAUUUGCUGUUAGAAACAAAAGAAGUGUCUAAUGCUUUGUCUAUUGCUCUCUUGCCUGCUGAAUUGAAUAGCCGUAUCGAUAGUCUUAUGGCUUCAUUCGAAGCAUUGAAAUCACAAAUCAAAGGUGUGGAUGAAUCUCUUGUCACUGAUAACCAAAUCAGCGAAUGGCAGAAAAGAAUUGAUUUAUUGGAGGCCAAGGAAUAUGAUCGUCUUCACACUGAGAUUAAGGAUUUCAAGCACAACAUCAGUGCUGAUAUGAUUGAAUCCUUAAUGUCAAAGCUGGACCUUGCUGGCGAUACUAUUUUGGAGAUUCGAGCAACACUUGCAGGCUUGUAUGAUAUUAUCAACGCAAGUCGUCUUCGAAAUACACAUGCUGAAAAUUCCGAAUUGUUCCAUAACUCUGCAAAGAAGCUCAUCAUUGUUAUUGAAGAGGUACAAAAAGGAAGAUUUAGUCUUAUAACGGACAAACAAACAUCUGAAGAAAGGAUUCUACAAUUCAAAGAAUUGAGCAGCCGUCACAAGCAAAUCAAGGAGUCAGUUUUGGAGUGUCAAGGAUUUUAUGAUGAUUCUUGCUCUUACUAUACUGGUAUCAAAGUUCAAAACGUGAAUACUCAUGAAUGUGAAUCAAUCCAACAACAAGUGGAAGAUGUUUGGCAAGAUUUGCAAGAAAAGACUGCCGAGCUCGCUGCGUUUGUCACAAGAACUUCCAAAUGGAUUGAAGGCUGUGAUGAAUUAGAUAGGCUCGAGAGUACUUUGGAAACAUUGAAUGCUGACGUGAAAAAGGUCCUAAGCAACGACCAACAGUCUUUCCCUGCUACAAAUAGUAAAGUCCAUAAGUAUGAAAGGCAAUUGAACAAACUAUCCAUGAGUCAUCAAGAACUUGAAAAUACUGUCAAGAAUACUAAGGAUUUGUCUCAAGAUGAAGUCAACAAGGCUGGAUUCUUAGCUCGUAGUCAACAAAUACAUCAUCUCAAAAAUUCUAUUCAGCAAGUGCUUGAAAAAAGAAGAUCUGACAAGGAAAGGACAGCUUUACUUGAAGCUUUCAAGGCUGAAGUUGCUAAAGCCUCAAAGGUAUGCGAGGAUCAGAUUUCUUACAUUCGUCAACAAUCAAUUGCCAACCCUGAAAAUCAUAUCAAGAAGCUGGAUUCAAUCAACAACAUUAUUAGUGUUUAUAGUGCUGCUUUAUCUCAUAUUCAAGACAACUAUAACGAUGGAAAAACCAAAUAUGAUGGUGUUAUUUCUGAUCAAGCUACAAAACUAGUCAAGACUUAUGAACAUCCUCAAACUGAGAUUGAGAGCUGCAAGCAUGGCCUGGAUAAGUUGCUUAAUGAUCUUAAAGGCGUACUCAAGAUUGAAAGUGACUAUAUAACAUCUCUCAAAUUGUUGUCUCGUCUAGUCAAGUUUGAUAAAGAAAUCAGUAGAUCUAUUGCUGAUCUCAAGUCAAGUGUGUCUCGCUCCUACAACAGUGGUAGAACAACACCUAGAGGAACUCGUACCAAAGAUAUCCCUGAAUUAAGAGACUUUAUGCAAAGAUAUGAUUCUAUUGAAACAUCUGUUCAAGACUUUUAUCAAAAGUGCAAUGAAAUCAAAAAGAACAUUAACAAGCGUAUUAGUGUGUCUCGAGUCAAUGCCCUCAACAAAGCUGUUGAAAAGCGUAGAGAAGAUAUGAACAGAAAAUGGAUUGAAAUCAAGUCUUCUGCAGAUGAAACUAGAGAAAGAUUGGAUGUUAUUCACAAGCGCCAGGCAUUAUCAACAAAGUUGGCUGAGUCACUUAAAUAUGUUGAUGACUUGAAGGAUAGAAUUGAAGUGCUACAAUUGUCUGGAAAAAACAUUUCUGUAGAAGAACAAGAAUUAGAUGAGAUUCAAGAAGAAAUUGACACCACACUCAAAAAGAAUGCUGCUGAUAUUAAUGUUUUGUUGAAAGCCAUCAGCCACAGUGAAGUCACUUCUUCUACUGGAUCGGAAUCAACUCUCAAGAACCAACGUGAUAGACUUGUGAGGUCUAUUGAAGAACUACGUCAGCUAGUUAAGCAUCGUCAAAAGCAAGCUCGCACAGAAGGAAGUAUCACUGAAUUCUUUGGUAUCACAGAUCAAAUUGACACAGAAAUACAAACAUUGUCCAAAGUAGUUGAAGAUACAUCCACCCAGCAUGCUAGUGUAGUUGGCUCUAGGUUCAAUAAGGCUGAUCUACAAACGCUGCUUAAGACUUUGACGACUGCUGCCAAGAAGAGUGAGCCUAGUAUCACACAAUUGUUAGUCAAAGCCAAGUCUGAAUCUCAAAAGCAAUUUUUGGAUGACAAUGAAAGAGUAGCUCUUCGAAUCAAAAAAAUAAUGAAAGAUUGGGCAGAUGUUCAAACUUCAAUUUCAUCAAGAGAAAAAGAAUUGCAAACUUGUAUUAAAGAACUCAAUCAUGAGUUUUUUACCAAAUUAGCCAUGGCUAAAUCUGUACCUAAGGAGAGAAGAUCGCGAAGAGGUAGUAAAUCCAAUUCUGCUGCUCAGCUGCCACCUUCUGGUCCACGCAACUUUCGGUCCUCUACUCUCUCAACUGAAAUGAAAAUGACAUCACCAAAUAGUUCUACAGGUAAAAGACCAAGUACUUCCAGUAGCUCAUCAGGCAAGCACACACCCUAUGUUUUUGAUCCCAAAAGCGAGCUUGAUACUCAACUUGGUAUGAUUGUCAACCAAAGUCCCUACCGUAUGAAGGUUAAGAAAGUACCAGGUGAAGCUGGUAAAUACUGGUUUGGCGAUGAUCAUCCCAGGCUAGUGUAUUGUCGUAUUUUGCCUAGCAAGUUAGUCAUGGUCAGAGUUGGAGGAGGAUGGGAAGAAUUGUCAAAGUUUAUGAAAGACCAUGGUCAUAGCGAUGGACUAGCUACUAAAUCUGAGACAGGCACAACACAAUACUUGACAGUAGAUACAUUCAAUGAUCCUAUAAGCGAGGAACCUUCUUUUUCUGUAACUACUCGCAGUGGUUCACCCAUGGGCCCUGUAGUAGGUACGCCUAUUAUUAGACGAGGAAGUGGCGUCAGCAGUACUGUGACAAAUAGAUCUUCAAACUCUGGUUCCGGUUUCAUUGAUGGCGACAAAUACGUAAAAACGGAUGGAGAUGGAAAUCAAGUUACACUGAAAAUGGUCAAAGCUGAAAACUCGGCCAAGUCACCCCCAUAUUGA